CACCUCUGCGACGGUCAUGCGCACGCAUUGCCCUUCUAACCCAAUACCCAACCUCCAAGAAUAUUAGUGAAAAAAUCUUUUGGAUCCAGUCGUGGGUCAGACGUUUAUUUCCGAUAAUCACGUAACUAAGAAAAAAUCAACCAUGAUGAAGGGUAUGUCGUUGAAAGACCUCCGCAAGUAUCCGUCGCUGAUCCCGUUGUAUGUUUGCCUCGGUGCUGGUCUCUUUAUAUCAUCGGCUUAUCUUAUACGUUUGGCAGUAUACAGUCCUGAUGUAUCCUGGCAGCCAAAGAAGAAUCCUGAGCCAUGGCAGGCGUACAAGGAUAAGGAUUACAAG